UGCUAUUUUGACACUCGAUAAUUCUGUACUUAUUUUGUUCAAAUGAGGUUAUAAAAAUUUGUUACAAAAUAUUAUAAAUAUCGCCAAUUAUUACCAUAUUUAAUUGAGAAUAAUGGCCUUAAUAAGAGCUGGCUUGCAAAGGCUAGCCAGCGUGUUUAGCAAUGGGCAAGGUGGAAUGCUAUCAAGAUUUAUAACAAACCAUGCUCCAGCACAAACUCAAUCAGUAGCCGAUACUACGAAAGAUGUAAUAUCUACGUGUAAUAAACUUAUUGAAGAUAGAGUUUCACGAAAUUUUGCCAUUGUACAUUUGCUUGGUAAACAGUGGAGAGUUACAGAUGGUGAUCUAUUAGUUGUCGAGGGUUACUGGCCGCCAAAUAUUGGUGAUAAAAUAACAUUAGACAAAGUUCUGCUCGCUGCUACUAAAGAUUUCUCUCUAAUUGGUAGACCCAUUGUUCAACCAGGUUUAGUCACUGUUACUGCAACAAUAAUAUCAAAAGGCCUCUCACACACGCGAACACACUUCAAAAAGAAGCGAAGGAAGCAGUUCAUGAGAAUUAACUUCCAGAGAGCAGAACAAACUAUGCUCAGGAUAAAUUCUGUGGUUAUCAAUAAUAGAAUUAAUGAAGCCCCGAAGAAUGUGUUUUAGAUAAGUAUAGAAUUUAGUUUAGAAUAAAGUGUUACAAUAUAAAA